AUGGAGCAGCUUGUGCACUUCAGUCACAUGCAUCCACUCAUUCUUGUCUAUCUACAAUCGAACCACAACAAUGAAACUUCUGAUGAGGAAGAUGAAGAUGAAGGCGCACAUGAAAACGAUUUUGUGGUUAAAGAUAACCAUGUUGGACAAUGCAACAUGUGUAAGGAACAUAUCUAUUCAUUUCAUUUGUGUUACUACUAUUGCAAGGAUUGUGACUACUCAUUGCACAAAUUUUGUGCAGAACUGCCUAACAUCCUACGAAAGCACCCAUUGCAUCCUAACCAUAAUCUUACCUUGUCUAAAAGUUUUCAGGAUUCCAAUCCCGUUUAUGAUUUUGAUCAUGAAUUGACAUGUUGUAUCUGUAAUCUUAAGUGGAAGUACUUUUGUAAUUACCAUUGUUCCGUGUGCAAAUUCAAUAUGGACAUAACAUGUGCUACUAUAUCUCAACACAAUGGACCACCCAAGCCACCCUGA